AUCAGUCCCAAAGUCCUUAACCAUUGAAAAUAGAUUGAAAACAUGCAUACUUGUGUUGCAUUAAAACACCACCAGAAAAAUGUCAGAUGGUGCUUCUUCUUCAUUCUCCUGACAGAGAAGUAGGUGUCCUUCACCGACAUGCAUUGACUCGAACAUAACUUCACCUUCACUUUUUGUUCAGAACGUCCUUCUUUCUUUAAAUCGUAUGUCCUGAAGAUUCUCUAUCCAUACUCCUGGUUUGUAUCACAGAUGCAACUUGCUGUUUGGGUCCUGUUGGGAUGCACAGUCCUCAGUAGGAGAAGCUGAUCUCUCUCAGAAAAAGACAAAGAUCGAUCUUCGGUAUGCUGUAGCCAAGAACUUUUCUUCUGAUGAAAGACUUGUACAUGCAAACGUGGAUGACCCUUUAGAUAUAUGCUUUACUUCUGUUCUUGAGAGAAUAUUUGAGGACGAGAGCCCACCGUCUGUCACUUCUCUCAGAAGUUUCUUCUUCCUCCACGCAAAUUAAUUCGCUGCUCCUAAGUCACAUCUUAUGAAGAAGGUUCGGUGGUCAAGCAAGAAAGGAACUGCUGGUUAGGGGAAAGAUAACAGGUCAUGUGAAGAAGACCGCCGAAGAGAGCAGCCAAUGACAAGAGUUCCGUCCGUCUUCCUCUUCCUCCUCCUCGUCUUCCUAAUUGUGCUGCAUCAAAGCAUGGCCGCCGCCGCCCACCACCACCACAGUAUCGUCAGCGAGACCUGCAAGCACAGCGCCAACGGCGACCCCAACGUGAACUACACCUUCUGCGUGGAGUCGCUGCAGUCGGUGUCCAAGAGCAAGCACGCGGACCUUCGCGGGCUCGCCAUCAUAUCGGCGAGGCUGGCGAAGGCCGACGCGAAGCACGCCAAGUCGAGGGUGAAGACGCUGCUGAAGGCCAAGAAGAUGAGCCGCUACAGGAAGUCCUGCUUGCAGACUUGCCGGGAGUUGUACUCCGACGCCAUGGCAAGCCUCAGGGACUCCGUCAAGCUGAUCAAGGCCGGUCGCUACGGCGACGCCAACGUGUAUAUAAGCAGCGCCGUGGAUGCGCCCGGGGAGUGCGAGGACAGCUUCAAAGAGGGCAGCAUCAAGUCGCCGCUGGUGAAGGAGAACCACGACCUAUUCCAGCUUGCUGUCAUCGCCCUCAGCAUUACCUCUCGCCUCGGAUGAUCAUAUACUUGUUCUUCUUGUUCUCACCAUAUAUAGUAUCCAUCAUGUACUUGUUGAUCUAUCUCAAUCAAGGCUUUCUUUUCCUUU